UCCAGACUGUGGGUUGUUGUUGACUUCAGCCUCUGACAGAAAACACUGAGAGAAGAAGAGACAGAGAAGAGCAGAGGAGAGAACAAUGUUUGACUUCACAUCACUUCACUUCCCUCUGUUUCUGACAUGGAUGCUCACAUUUACAGACGCUCAAACAUUUGAACAGAAGACUGUCAGAGUUGGAGAAGAAGUCACUUUGAAAUGUGAAAAUGCAAAUGAUUUCAGUGAUGGAUGUUCCAGAAUCACCUGGCUGUACAGUAAUUCAGGACAAACAUUUACCCUGUUUGAACUCGGGAAGAUUCACAAAGAUGUUGGAUCUAAAUCAGACAGACUGAGUCUUACAGAGAAAUGUUCUCUGGUGAUAAAGAAGAUCACAGAUGAAGAUGCUGGAAGAUACACCUGCAGACAGUUAAGCACAUCAGGAAAACAGGAAACAGAUUUUCAGGUUGGACUGAACGUUAAGAAAAAUGAUGUCAGAUCAACUAGAAAAACACUUAAACCAACAUCCAAACCAUCUUCUGCAUCAACAUCUGCAGCUGAAUCCACAACAACCACAGAAUCAGUUCUGUCUACAUCCAAACUAUCAGCUGCAACAGAUCAUCUCUCUAAAAAAGGUGUUUGGUGGAGGAUCAUCUAUGUUCCUGUGGGUUUAGCAGCACUCUCAGUCAUCACUGCAUCAGUCUGCAUAUGGACCAGAACACAAGGAGCAGAAUGAUGAAUUGAAGACCUGCCUGCUUCUCCUUGACUCCAUUGAUGAACACAUUUUUAAUUUUAUCUUCAUCUUUUAUCAUCAAAUAAUGGAACACCAGCUUUAGAUCAUGACAGAAAUAAUUUCCGAGGUGAAAAUGUUUAAAAGUCUUUUUUCAGACUUUAUUCAAAAUGAGUGGGAAAAUUUUUGUAUCUCAUUGUUUUAAAUAUUUACUAAAGCCUAAGGUUUUUUUUAACUCCACAUGAAAUAAGUCUUUAGUCGUAAAUCUGGGACUCACCUAAAAACAAGAUAAAUUAUCAUCUCAAUCUGUAGAAAGUUACAAUAGUUUAAACAAAUAGUAAAGAAUGUGGAUUCUUUUUCUAAGUCUUCAAUCCGUAUGACUUCAUUUCCCACUUUAGUGCUUCUUAAUACUUUAAAGAAUCAUCUUUUCUGCAUCUUUUGUUAACUUUUUCUAUGCUGUUUAUAUUAACCUGAAGCUUUCCACUGAUUUUUUUGUUAUUUCAAAUAGAAGUAAGAAUUGGUUUCUCAAAAUUAAUGUUAGCAUAUUUUAUACACCUCCAGAAAAACAAUCUUGCUCUAUUUAUUCAAUUUUAUUUUCGAAAUUGUAGGAAAGCCUUAAUAAGAGUUGUUCUGUCUCCCCCAAUUUUGCAUGUUUUUUAUUUUAUUUUUACUAUGGGUUUAAUUGUUAUUUUUUUCUUGUUUUGGGCAAUAAGAUUUAACAAUUCACCGUACAGAUAUAAAUUAUGCAUCUUACGCUGCCAUCUAGUGGCCACAUGCGGUAUGGAAAGGUGGGAAGCUUGUUUUGGAGAGGACAAGCACGUUCUGCAUGUGGCGGGGUGAUGCGCAUGCGUUGAAAGUAAAGAUGUUUAGCUGUCUUUAAGAUCAGGUACAAUAUUUAAUUAUUUCAGUAUCUCAGAG